AUGUCGAUCCCAAGCUCGAGGCAAUCCUACUACCCCCCAAACCAUAACUCUAACCACAACCACAACCAAAACCACCACCUCUUUUCAUCACUGUCAACCCCUCCACCACCAAGACCACCGCCUCUCUUCCCCUCCUUCACUCUCCUCAUAACCCUUCUCACCCUCUUCACCACCACUACUGCCACCGCCACCCUCAACCAUGAAGCCUCUCUUCUCUUCUCAUGGCUACACACAUCUUCUUCACCACCACCACCUUUCUCAAACUGGAAUUCACUAAACCCCAACCCAUGCAACUGGUCUUUUUUAACAUGCAAUCCACAAGGCUUUGUCUCCGAAAUCACUAUCCAAUCAAUCCCUCUUCAGCUUCCAUUGCCUUCCAAUCUCUCCUCAUUUACACACCUCCAAAAACUCAUAAUCUCAGAUGCAAACCUCACCGGAACUAUCCCGGCCGAUCUCGGCGAUUGCCCUUCUCUCACCGUCAUCGACCUCAGCUCAAACAUUCUUGUUGGUUCCAUCCUGCCCACCAUUGGAAAGCUUCAAAACCUCGAAGAUUUGAUCUUGAACUCCAACCAGCUCACCGGAAAAAUCCCAGUUGAGCUAAGCAAAUGCCGAAACCUCAAGAACCUUCUACUUUUCGACAACCGCCUUGGUGGGUCUAUUCCCUCUGAAUUAGGCCAAUUAUCGAGCCUUCAAGUCCUCCGAGCCGGCGGUAACAAGGACAUCGCCGGAAAAAUCCCCGACGAGCUCGGAAACUGCUGUAAUCUGACUUUCUUAGGUCUUGCCGAUUCCGGAGUUUCAGGUUCUAUACCCGCCUCAUUGGGUAAACUUAGCAAGCUUCAGACAUUGUCUAUCUACACUGCAAUGCUCUCCGGUGAAGUCCCACCGGAAAUAGGUAACUGUUCUGAGCUUGUGAACUUGUAUUUAUACGAAAACAGUCUUUCUGGUUCAAUCCCACCGGAGAUUGGAAAUCUAAGAAAGCUUGAGAAAUUAUUGUUAUGGCAAAACAAUUUUGUUGGUGCUAUUCCAGAAGAGAUUGGGAAUUGCAGUAGAUUGAGCAUGUUUGAUUUGUCUUUGAAUUCUCUCUCUGGGACUAUACCUUUGUCUUUUGGAGGCCUUGUUGAGCUUGAAGAGUUCAUGAUUAGUAAUAACAAUGUGUCUGGUUCAAUACCUUCAGUUCUUUCAAAUGCCACAAAUCUUUUGCAAUUACAGUUUGAUACAAAUCAGAUUUCUGGGUUGAUUCCUCCUGAGCUUGGGGGGUUGUCAAAGCUUCUUGUGUUCUUUGCUUGGCAAAAUCAGCUUGAAGGAAGCAUACCUCCAAGUUUUGCUAGUUGUAGUAACCUCCAAGCAUUAGACUUGUCUCAUAAUUCACUCACUGGUAGCAUACCACCAGGCUUGUUUCAACUGAAAAAUCUCACAAAGCUUCUAUUGAUUUCUAACGAUAUUUCGGGUUCGCUACCUCAAGAAAUUGGUAAUUGUAGCUCUCUGGUGAGGCUAAGGGUAGGAAACAAUCGAAUUGCUGGUGAAAUUCCUAGGGAAAUUGGGGGUCUAAAGAGCUUAAAUUUCCUGGAUUUAUACGGAAAUCGCCUUUUUGGGCCUUUACCAGAUGAGAUUGGAAGUUGUUUACAACUGCAGAUGGUAGACCUUAGCAACAAUACACUAGAAGGUCCCCUGCCUAAUUCAUUGUCAUCUCUGUCUGGGCUGCAAGUCUUAGAUGUUUCGAGUAAUCGAUUCGUGGGUCCUAUUCCGGCUAGUUUUGGCCGCCUUCCUUCAUUGAACAAGCUUAUUCUGAGCAUGAAUUCAUUCUCAGGACCUAUUCCUCCGUCCCUCGGCCUCUGUUCCAGUCUCCAGUUGCUUGAUAUUAGCAGCAAUCAGCUCUUGGGCAAUAUCCCAAUGGAGUUGGGUAAAAUUGAGGCCCUUGAGAUUGCUCUCAACCUCAGUUGCAAUGGACUCACCGGGCCUAUCCCGGCUCAAUUCUCUGCACUCAGCAAGCUUUCAAUACUAGACCUAUCACACAACAAGCUUGAGGGGAAUUUGAGUCCACUUGCUGGGCUCGACAAUCUUGUCUCUCUCAACAUCUCUUACAACAACUUUACUGGGUAUCUCCCUGACAACAAGCUCUUUCGACAGUUAUCGGUCUCAGACCUGGAUGGAAACCAAGGCCUGUGUUCAUUUGGUCGUGACUCAUGUUUCUUAAACAAUGUUGCUGGAACAGGAGUACAGAGAAAUGGAAAUGGUGUAAGUAAGUCAAGGAGACUUAAACUAGCAAUUGCAUUGCUAAUCACUCUGACAAUUGCUAUGGUCCUCAUGGGAACAAUUGCAGUGAUUCGAGCACGAAGGACUAUAAGAGGUGACGAUGAUUCAGAAAUCGGGGAGUCAUGGCCUUGGAAAUUCACUCCAUUCCAGAAGCUAAAUUUUUCGGUUGAGCAAGUUUUGAGAUGUCUUGUUGAUUCUAAUGUGAUUGGAAAAGGGUGUUCAGGGGUUGUCUAUCGUGCAGAUAUGGACAAUGGUGAUGUUAUUGCAGUGAAGAAGCUUUGGCCAACAACAAUUGCUGCAGCCAAUGGCUGUAAUGACGAUAAAUGUGGAGUUCGAGAUUCCUUCUCUGCAGAGGUGAAAACACUCGGGUCAAUCCGACAUAAGAACAUCGUUAGAUUCUUGGGUUGCUGUUGGAAUCGAAGCACAAGGUUGCUCAUGUAUGAUUACAUGCCUAAUGGUAGCUUAGGUAGCCUCCUACACGAGAGGAGUGGAAACCCUUUGGAGUGGGAAUUGAGAUACCAAAUUAUGCUAGGAGCAGCACAAGGCCUUGCUUAUUUACACCAUGAUUGUGUCCCUCCAAUUGUUCAUAGGGACAUCAAGGCCAAUAACAUACUCAUUGGUCUCGAGUUUGAGCCUUACAUUGCAGACUUUGGCCUUGCCAAGCUCGUCGAUGAUGGUGAUUUUGCUCGGUCCUCCAAUACCGUAGCAGGUUCCUAUGGAUAUAUUGCUCCUGAAUAUGGAUACAUGAUGAAGAUCACACAGAAAAGCGAUGUCUACAGCUAUGGUGUAGUCAUGUUAGAAGUGUUGACUGGUAAACUACCAAUCGAUCCAACGAUACCAGACGGUCUCCAUGUCGUUGAUUGGGUAAGACAGAAGAGGGGAGGCAAUGAAGUUCUUGAACCAAGCUUACUAUCCAGACCUGAAGCCGAGAUUGAGGAAAUGAUGCAAGCAUUAGGCAUAGCAUUACUAUGUGUAAAUUCAUCCCCUGAUGAAAGGCCAACAAUGAAAGAUGUGGCAGCAAUGCUCAAGGAAAUCAAGCAUGAAAGAGAAGAGUAUGCAAAAGUUGAUGUGCUCCUCAAGGGAUCUCCGGCCACCACCGACACGUCGGAAAAUAAGAACUCCGGUGGAGUUCCAGCAACAUCAUCAUCCACAAAGGCAAUGAGAAGUUUGUACCCAAAAAGCAAUAACACAAGCUUCUCAGCAUCCUCGUUGCUUUACUCAUCAUCUUCCUCUAAUACCAAAAUGGGAUUCAAGUGA